AUGUGCAAGAGCGUAGACAUCUCACUUGUGGCGAGACAGGCGAAGAAGCUCACAAUCACGGACGUGUACUUCCUCUCCGAACUCUCCAAGUUGCAAGCCGAUGGAACCACAGCUCCGCAUCAUUGGGAGAUUCUUCCAGCUCGCACCAAAGUUGCCCAGCGUGAAAGACACCUCUUGCACCAAACGAGUGCAAGCGAUGAUGAGCUGCACGACGAAGGCAUGGAGCCUUUUCUGAAGCGUGAAGAAACCUCAAGAAGGUUUCUCGAUGAUGACAGACCAACGGAUUUCACCAUCCAUCAGCUCAUUCAAAAGUUUGGUUCGGAUGCUGGACUUGUGUUUACAGAUGCCGCGCAUCUUGUUUUGUAA